UUUUUUUUUUUACUUUGGCAUUUAAACAUUGGACAAGUGGUUGCAUCUGGUAAUCAGGGGCAUUGACAAUCUUUGAUGAGGCUGUUUAGAACCUGUGGGGCGCUCAGAUGAAUUAUACGAUGACGCAAAUACCGCGCCAAAUUUUGGAGAGAGGCGCUUACUUGUUGACAAUUAGGAGCUAGAACGGUACCUAGCGAGCUAUCCAAAAUAAACGGAUAAAAUCACAAUAAUAACCUGUCAUUCACUUCAGUUAAAGGACGCGUGAGUUGCGAGACAUUCUUAUUUUUGCUGGUAUUUCUAGUCGGAAUAGCUAGUUCCACAAUUUCUGUAGCUAAGAGGCCGGGGCCAGUGCCAGUGUCAGUGAGAUAGUUAACGUUAGCUAGCUAGCAUCAGCUGCUUGCUAAGUAGCGCAAGCUAGCUAGCUAGUUAACGUUGAGCGGCUGGCUAAGUUAUUGAAAUUGACCAUCAUGUCAUUGAAGAUUUUGUAUGGUUAUAGCUCCAACUUUGUGCGUUUGGUUAUUGCUUUGGGGAAGUGAAUUGGAGAUGGGUACUGACUCUGGGCAGAAAGAGAGCCAGAAAGAGUAGGGGGAAUAGUGUAACGUUAGUUUGCUAGUUACAUUAGCUAUAUCACUGCCAUUUAAUUCCACACACAUUGUUGACAUUUAUGUUGUCUUUUACUUUAUUUGCCCUAGUUGCUAGGGGAAGCAGACAUGGGUUUACUGGAUCAGUGUGAGGAGCUGUUCAAGACGUCAAACCUUUAUGAUGUCAUCGGUGUCACAAAUGAUGCAUCGGAGGCAGAGGUUCGACGGGGUUAUUAUAAAGUUUCACUACAAGUCCACCCUGACAGAUCACCAGGUGACGGGCAAGCCACUGCCAAGUUCCAGGUAGCCAAGACAGCAUUUAUAUUCCAAAAAUAAUGUGUGAAUGUUUGUUAACCUUUAAAAUCUUGGUUGAUAUAUCGGGAGGAGCAGGUGUCUGAUGAUCCGUUUCUGUCCUGUUUGGUAUCUUGAUGUGUUACUAGGCUCUAGGGAAGGUGUAUGCAGUGUUGAGUGACAAAGACCAAAGGGCCAUUUACGAUGAGCAGGGCAUAGUAGACGAGGAGUCCGACUCACUUGACCAAGAUCGUAAUUGGGAAGAGUAUUGGAGAACAAUGUUUCCUAAGGUAGGACUUCAAGUUAAGACAUUUAAAACAGUAUUUUUUCCCAGUGCAAGUUACAAAUGGAUACAUUCAGUGCCUAGUGAAAGUCUUCACAUCCGCCUUGCACCGUUUUCACAUUCUGUAGCCUUAAAUAUUAAAAUCUUAGCUACAAUGAAUUAACACUGGACAUUCAGAAAGUCCCAGGCCUGGACAUGAACACAGUUAUGUCAAGACUGUUCUUUCUCUUUGCAGAUCACACUUCAAGACAUCCUGAACUUUGAGAAGUCCUACAAGGACUCUGAGGAAGAAAAGCAUGAUCUGAUGCGGGUCUAUGAGGAGCACAAGGGCGACAUGGACAGGAUCAUGGAGAACGUGCUUUGUGCCACCCAGGAGGACGAGCCACGGAUCAGAGCCAUCCUCCAGUGCGCCAUCGACUCCAAGGCGCUGCGGUCUCACAAGGCUUUCACCAACGAGAGUGCUAAGAAGAAAAGCAGCCGCAAACGCAAGGUGUGUGAACUAAUCCACCACUCUAUAUCAUGUAUAUCUCAAUGCAUUUUUAGUUCGUUUUAUCUCAUGCUCUUAUCACAGAGACAUAGCUAGCUGAUACAGGUAAACUUCGUAUGGUCACCAAAUGCAGCUGUCAAUGUUUGUGUCAUUGUGUUUCCAGGCCGAUAAAGAGCGUAAAGAAGCAGAGGAGAUGCAGAAAGAGAUGGGCCUGGAUAGCGAGGACAGCCUGGUGGCCAUGAUCAAGGUAAGACAGUUAGUUGACCAACGUGAUACAACGUAGCUGUGGAACCAGUACCCACCGUCACAACGUAGAACAGAGUCUGACCUUUUUCCGAAGCUCCGUCGGUUAUUUAUCUCUUAUCCCCCUCUCCUCUUUCUUUCAGAAAAAUCAGAAGUCAAAAGAGGCAGGCUUUAACAGUUUGAUGGAUAACCUGGAGGCAAAGUACUGCAAGAAAAGACCGAGCUCCUCCUCAGGAAGAAAGGGAAAGAAGUGACUCUUUUUCUAACUCACCUCUGCGCUGUUGCUAACAGUCAUCUGUUUUCAUUAUAUGUUAUGAUUAAAAGUUGAUCCUGCGCAAAGACAGUUCUUGAGACCACUCUGUCAUAGUGAAAGAUGAUAUUCUGUUCAUAUGUCACUUAGGACCUAAAUAUGGUCCGUUUUGGAGUGGCAGGGGAUGUGCCUAUAUGGGGGGGGGGG